AUUAAACAACAUGACUUGCAUGACAACCACGCUCUAGCGAUCUCGGACCGUUUCAAGUCUCGAGAUCUAGGGGGGAUUACGACAGACCGCAACCUAGCUCCUGACCUCGAAGAAAGCGUCAAACCGCACCCGACUCACCAUGCUCGAAACCAUCCUCCGCCCUCUCCAUACCCUUCACGGACGGUUACCUUCGAGGUUCUUGAAAAAGGUCCCCUUUGAAGCGUUUGCGAUCGUAGUAGGCUUGUUGGUGGUGAAUAUCGUUGCGUGGGCCGUAUGUCUGGGAGUCUUGGCCAAACAUACAGAGAUGUAUGCUACCGCGGUCCUGGCCUGGUCGUUAGGCCUUCGACACGCUCUGGAUGCCGACCAUAUCUCCGCGAUAGAUUUGAUGACGAGGAGGUUGAUCGCUUCGGGUCAAAGACCGGUGACGGUGGGGACCUUCUUCAGCCUGGGGCAUUCUACUAUCGUGAUCAUCACCUCCCUAGUGACCGCCGCGACCGCCGCCCACCUCGCAACCAAGUUCGACAGGUUCUCGCAGAUCGGGAACAUCAUCGGGACUUCCAUCUCGGCAACCUUCCUGAUCCUGCUAGGAAUUAUGAACGGAUGGAUCCUCUACAAACUCGUCCGAGGACUGAGGGCUUGGGUCAGAGGCGAUAUGGAGGUGGAUGCUGCCAAAGGGAGUAAUGGAGAGGAACUUUGGGAGAAACGGGGUGGAGGGCCGAUGUUUUGGAUCUUGAAGAAGCUCUUCCGGUUGAUCGACCAACCUUGGAAGAUGUACCCCCUAGGCGUAGUCUUCGGCCUAGGCUUCGACACCUCCUCCGAGAUCGCUCUGCUCGGCCUCUCUUCGGUCCAAGCGAGCCGCGGGACGUCGAUCUGGUUGAUCCUCUGUUUCCCCGUGCUCUUCACGGUGGGCAUGUGUGCGGUGGAUACGUUGGAUGGGGCGGUGAUGAUGGUGCUGUAUACCUGGUGCGAUGAUGAGGAGGAUGAGGAGAAUGGUGGGGAGGUGAAGGAGGUGACGAGGCGGGAUGACGAGAGGGAUGUCGGGAUCACUGGAGAUGCUGGACCAAACGGGACGAUCAUCGAAGAACACGACGACGUCCAGAAGGACAAGAUCAACAAAGCGGUCCCUGCUAUUGGGAACUACGAAGAAACUACCCUUCCUACGCUCGAUAUGGGCUCUCCGUCGACAUCCACCUCGCUUCCAACCAAGCGUCAUGGGAACUCUACUCUUCACAACCCCCUCAUCUUUCUCUACUACUCGACCCUCCUUACAGCCCUGACGGUCCUGGUCGCCCUCAUCAUCGGCCUCAUCCAGCUUUUCUCUCUGUUACAAAACGUCAUCAAGCCGGAACCAGAGGGGAGGUUCUGGGAUGGGGUGACAGCGCUAGGGGAUCAUUAUGAUAUCGUCGGAGGGGUUAUCGCCGGGGGGUUCGUGCUUGUGGGUGUUGGGGGCGUUUUGGGUUGGCCGAGGUUUAAGAGGUGGAUAGGGGAGAAGAGGAGGAGGUACGAGGCCAGGGGGAGGGGGAUCUCGUUGGACACCGAAGAGGACGAGGAGGACGACAAUGGGAUAAGAGGUUUGACAGUAUGAGAGGACGAUCAUACACGAUCGAUGUAAAAGUCAUGCGACCUAUCCGGCAGGCAGCGCCACGAUUUCCGUAUGCCCUAUGUCAUAAGCUCAUGAAAGAUACCACACGAGAUGCUGUUCAGA